AUGUAAGAAAUCGAAUACAAUUUAACUUCAUAAAGUGACGAAGAUGACGAAAAAAAAUAAUAAUCAUAAGAUUUAUUAAGAGAAAUGAAUCAUAGAUAAUAUAAUUUUAAUAUGUAUUUGACAAAAAUAACAGAAGAAUAAGAUUCUGAAAAAAUUAUUUAUUGUCUUCGUGAAUAAAAUAGUAAAUUAGCUUCUGAAUUGAAAUUUUUGAAUUUUAAAUUAAAUGAAAUUCUGACAAAAUAAAAUAAAAAAAAAUUCGUAAAAAAGUCAUUAGAUUAAAAUUUUAAUGAUAUUUAAACAGUUUAAAAAGAAUUAAAUAAUGCUUAUAAAAAAAUAGAAAUUUAUUAAAAAGAAAACAAAUAAUUAUAAUCAAAAAUUGAUAAUAAUUCUUUAUAAAAGGUUUUACAUUUAGAAUGUUAAUUAAAAGAAAAAGAUAUAUAAAUUCAGAAAUAAUAAGAAGAAAUAAAGACCUUACAAUAACAAAAUAGAAAUUUAAAUAAAAUACCAGAAUAAAUUCCUAAAGAAAAACAGCAUAUU